CAUUAAUUAAAUUAAUAUGUAAUCAUUGGUUAAAUAACUCCUAACCCUAUCCAACACAUCUGCUGCUAACUAAUGGCAACAAAUCGAAACAAGUAAAUUCUUUUCUUUAUUUAGCUCUCCAACCAAAAUAAUUGACCCCUGCUGAAAUAGCUGAUGUUGCCCACCAUUUUGCUGUUAAUAAUUAGGGAUCUGAACUUUUCUGGGAUACAUUACAGAGAGCUACUGUCGAUCAACUGAGCAAUUUCAAUAGGGAAUAACUAGCCACAGUAUUCGACGCUAUGAUGAAAACUCCUUACGAAGUAUAAAUCCUUUUAUCAUUAGGUUCCUGAUGAUGUAGGAGAGGCUGUGACCAAAGCAAUUGAUACAUUUUUCUUUGCUGAAUUAGAAGCUAACCAAAAAUCAGACCCCUACUAUCUUUCCAAAUUUUUAUUUCAAUUCUAAGCUGGAUUAGGAUAAUUUGCACUCAACUUUGGACCUGGAUUCCUCACUGGAAGAGUAAAUGAUGAACAUCCAGAAUAAAAUCUUGCUAAAGGUGACUACGAUCUGUCAGAAUCAAGCAAUUCUGAAUUGAGAUCAGCAUUUAUUAAAGGGGAGCUUAAUUAAGAAUAAGUGUAAGAAGAGAAAACAAAAUUCCUCAAUAGAAUUACAGAAUUGCUCGGCAAGGUAACCAUUCUAUUGAUAAUUCAAGAAUUAAAAUGCCCAGGACGUAACCAAUUUGAAAUGAUUGGAUAGAGAUGCAUAUAAAAUAAAUAUAAUAAAACAAAACACAUUUAUCUUAGAUAUUCA